AAAACGUAACAUAAACAUCCACCACAGUGGAAUCAACAUUCCUCACUGUGAUGGAAGGCAUUAAAGUUCAGUCAUCUUCCUCCUUUGUUCACCCGUGGUCGGUGCCUUGAACCCUCCACAGUUUGCCGCUACAGACGGUCCGAUGUUCAGGCCCUGAUCUGGAUGGAUUGUAUCACAUUUUAAAAGAAUCUGGGGAAGAGAUAGAAGCGGCAUUACUACACAUAAUAAAUCUUUGGAGAAAGGCCAAGUGCCAGAGGAAAAAGUAGAUAGCUCCGUUAAUACCUGUACCAACAUGUUAAGAGAGUCUGAACACAGGGGGAAAUAUAGGUCGGUCAGCAUAGUAUCAGUACUGGUAAAGUAAUGACAUGACUUGUCAUCACAGUAGACUUCAAGAAAAAGGUUGAGAGCACUAGAUAAUUAAGCUUUAGGAGCUGAUAACAUUUCAGCUGUGGCACUGAAGAUAAGACACAACCUGCUGGAAACACCCUGUGGGUCAGGCAGCAACUAUGGAAAAAGAAAGAGGCCAAAGAACUCUCAUCAGGAAACUUAAUUGCCUUGCCAUCCAAAGAUCUUUCAAGCUCUCGUGAAUAUACUCAGUGCCUGAAUUUGCACAUUUCUGUUGGGCAGAGAAUUUUAAUGAUUCAUUGUCGUGUGGCUGCAGAAACAUCUUCUCAGCUCUGUCAUGACGGCUGACACUUUAUUUUGAGUCUAUGACCAUGAUCACAUUGAAUGGCGGUGCUGGCUCGAAGGACCGAAUGGCCUAAUCCUGCACCUAUUGUCUAUUGUCUAUGGACCCAAAGUUCCACGUAUAUCCCAACGAGGAGAAACACCAUCUCUGUCAAGUCCACAAGAGCAUUAUCAUUGCUUUUCAAGAUGGAGAACUCCGAGAACAUUAGCAUGAUUUCCCACAGCAUAAGACGACGCGUCGUGUCGAAGAAUGGCCACAACAACGUGAAGAUUGACCAAGUAGACGGCUGGGCCUUCCUCUACCUCCAAGAUCUCUGGACCACCGUCAUCGACAUGAAAUGGCGCUACAAACUAACCCUCUUCACCGCCACGUUUGUGGUGACCUGGUUUCUUUUUGGGAUCCUGUGGUACGCCAUUGCGUUCGUUCACGGGGACUUGGAGUUGCUCCACCCACCGGCCAACCACACGCCGUGCGUCGUCAACAUCGAGACCUUAACGGGAGCGUUCCUGUUUUCCCUCGAGUCCCAGACGACCAUCGGCUACGGCUUCCGCUGCAUUACGGAGGAGUGCCCGUUCGCCAUCAUCCUGCUGAUCACUCAGCUGGUCAUCACCACGCUGGCGGAGAUCUUCGUCACGGGCACCUUCCUGGCCAAGAUCGCCAGGCCGAAAAAGCGCUCGGAGACCAUCAGGUUCAGCUACCACGCCGCUGUCGCCAUACGGGACAACAAGCUGUGCCUCAUGCUGCGUGUGGCCAACAUGAGGAAGAGCCUUCUCCUCCAGUGUCAGCUCGCUGGGAAAUUCCUACACAACCACAUCACAGAGGAAGGGGAGAUCAUUAAACUCAGGCAGGAACACGUGGACUUUCAAGUGGACACCGGCUCCGUGAGUCCAUUCCUCAUUUUCCCCUUGACUUUUUAUCACAGCAUUGACGAGAAAAGCCCCCUGAACAGGUAUACAUCAGCUAAUCUGAGGAAUAAGGACUUUGAGUUGGUCGUCAUCUUAAAUGCUACGGUGGAGUCCACUGGUGCCGCUUGCCAGAUCAGAACCUCUUACGUGCCCGAGGAGAUACUCUGGGGCUACGAGUUCAUGCCCCUCAUGUCACUGUCACCUGAUGGGAAAUACCUGGUGGACUUCAGUUUCUUCGAUAAGCUCAGGAAGAGCUCCAAUCCUUACUUUGCCUCCAACGUCCUUGGGUACGGGGACAUUGACAAGCUAAAGCUUGAAGAGCAGUACCGAGAGGAUGAACAAAACAACCUGAUCAGUCGAAUCCAAACAGUUCAUAGCAAUGUCUAACAAUAUCUUCAGGACCCAAUAUGACACGGACAAUUUCAAUGUCUUUUGAAAGCUUUGUAAUUGACAGACAUCUGUUUGGUACAUCAUAGACAUUCAGUAAGGACACCUACAUUGAAAGAAAUCCUUCAGUUAAAGCCAAUGUCGCAAGGGUCCCAGUGGCUUUAUGCAUCAAGAUCAAAAAUAGUAAAAAAGAAACAUUAAGGGGGAAAAUUGCUAGUGUUUUCAUUUGAUUUUCUGCUUUAUUAAAAUUUCAUGAUGUA